UGGCCUGCGCGGUGACGUCACCACGCAAGGAAGCGCGAUGGCGGCGGCCUCUGCUUCCACGUCGCACCGCGACCGGGCCGCCUUCACCUCCUCAUCCUCCGCGCUGUCGUGGGAGGCGAUGCGCGGCCUGGCCGAGCUCGGGCAACUGCAGCGCGACUACGAGCGCCUGUGUCGCGACGAGGAAGAAGUCACAGCUGAACUGGACUCAUUGCUGGAGAAGCAGAGUGGAUUGGAGUCAAAAAUGGGCUCUCUGCAUCGCAUGCGACCAAACUUGCAGCUGAUUGAAGGGGAUGCCUCUCAGCUCGCUGGAAUGAUCAACUUUACCUGCAACCUGGCCGAGAACAUCAGCAGCAAAGUCCGCCAGCUGGACCUGGCCAAGACGCGCGUGUACCAGGCGAUCCAGCGCGUGGACGAUAUCCUGGACCUGGCACUGUGCACCGACGGGGUGCAGGCCGCUCUCAACAGCGAGGACUACGAGACGGCCGCGGGCCACGUUCACCGCUUCCUCUCGCUGGACAAGUCCGUGCUAGAAAUGAGUCGCGACGGCAGGGACGGUGGGAUGGCGGACACGAACCUCGGCCUGCUGCAAGACGCCGAGAAGAAACUGAAGGCCAUCGUGGUGGUGCGGUUUGACGCGGCCAUAAAGGAGGGAAACCUUCCGCAAGUGGAGCGCUUCUUCAAGAUCUUCCCCCUGCUGGGCCUUCACGACGAAGGCCUCAGCAAGUUUGCGCAGUACCUCUGUGCCCAGGUCGCCAUCAAGGCGGAGGAGAACCUGCAGCUCGCCAUGACCACGGAUGUGGGCGAUAAGCGAGCUGGCGUCAUUUUUGCAGACACCCUCACCCUGCUCUUUGAAGGAAUCGCUCGCAUAGUGGAAACGCACCAGCCCAUCGUGGAGACGUUCUACGGGCCCGGCCGCCUGUUUGUCCUGCUCAAGCACCUGCAGGGGGAGUGUGACCGGCAGGUGCAGCGCGUCGUCGACAGAUUCACGGAGCAUCGUCACUACGAGCAGAAGUUGAAGCGCGUGGAGGGCAGCUUGCUGAGAGGCUCCCAGCUGGAGAGGAUCGCGCCGAGGGAGCUGGACACGAUCCUGGGAGAGAUGAGCGUGAUGAACGCUCGCGCCGAGCUCUACCUGCGUUUCGUGCGGCGCCGCGUGCUCGCCGACCUGGAGGUGUGCGACGCCGACGCCAGCGAGGAAAUGCGCAACGGGCACCUGUCUGCGCUGGAGAAGCUGAUAAACAACUGCGUGCUGAGCCGCAGCAUGCAGGAGCUCAUGUGCUCCUACAUCACCAUGGAGGAGUACUUCAUGCGAGAGACCGUCAAUAAGGCUGUGGCGAUGGACACGGUGGAGAAAGGGCAGCUCACGUCCAGCGUGGUGGACGACGUGUUCUACAUCGUCAAGAAGUGCAUUGGACGAGCCAUGGCCAGCUCCAACAUUGACUGCCUGUGUGCCAUGAUCAAUCACGCGACCACACUGCUCGAUGAGGACUUCCGGGAGGUGCUCAACACGAAGCUGCGCGUGGGCUUCCCAGCGACGACGCUGCAGGACAUCCAGCGCGGCGUCAGCAGCGCCGUGAGCCUCAUGCAGAGCAGCCUGCAGCAGGGCAAGUUCGAGGCGCGCGGCAUUGAGAGCACCGAGGAGGCAAAGCAGUCAUUCCUGGUGACACUGAACAACACGGAGGUGUGCAGCGACAACAUUCAGACCCUCAAGAAGACGCUGGAGGCUGACUGCCAGAUGUUGCUUAAUCAAGGCACCAAGAGUGAGCAGUCCCGUGCCAAAGUGGACAGCUGUCUCUCAGACCUGGUGUCUGUCUCCAACCAUUUCAAGGACCUCUUGCAGGAGGGUUUGGCAGAGCUGAACAACGCAGCCAUCAUGCCGCAAGUGAAGCCUUGGAUGAACGACUUCCUGCUCGUCUCGCACAACAUCGAGGAGGAGGAAUUCAAUGACUACGAGGCCAACGACCCCUGGGCUCAGAAGUUCAUCGUUAAUUUCGAGCAGCUGAUGGCAGAGUUCAAGGCGGCCGUGUCGCCCUCCAUAUACGACAGCCUCAUUGGGCUCGCGACGGGCCUCAUCAGCCAGGAGAUGGAGCGCUGCGUGCAUAAAACCACAUUCAGCCGGCUGGGAGGACUGCAGUUUGACAAGGAGCUGAGGGCACUGGUGGCCUACCUCACCUCCAUCACGACCUGGACCAUCCGUGACAAGUUUGCUCGGCUCACACAGAUGGCCACCAUCCUCAACCUGGAGCGGGUGACGGAAAUCCUGGACUACUGGGGUCCCAACUCGGGGCCACUAACGUGGCGGCUCACGCCCGCUGAGGUGCGCCGCGCCCUGUCGCUGCGCGCCGACUUCCGCAGCGAGGACAUCAAGCGACUGCGCCUCUGAGCGAGCGGCGGGCCAAGACCUGACGAAUGUUACCUCGAGAGCUCGUCACAAGCACACAGAAAUAGUGCAUCACACACAGCAAUAGCACACCACACACACACAGCAAUAGCGCAUGCACACUCGGUGCACAAAAGCACGCCACAUCAUGGCAGUCCACAGGGCAUUGGUCACCUAGUGCGGUGCACAAUAGCACCCCGACAUGUUGCAUUACGUGACACUACACAACCACAGAAUUUCAGCUCUGAAGUUCUAUAUUUCUUUUGUUAUUAUAUUUGUUUACCCAGGAAAGCCUCACUGAGUCUCAAGACUCUUAUUCUGCCGGGUCCUACAAAUUUUUUUGUUGCAUUAGGGGGUGAUGAUUGCUAUGUAUAUUCCAAACAAGUAAUUUGCGGCUCUUUUUUUCCGAAUUUGUAACAUUUCGACCAAGCCGCCAACACACGAUGGCCCACUUGUUUCAAAUGAUGUCAGGGGAUCUUAAAUGUCCACUGUGAAGGGGACAAGGCGCAUAUUUAUUGGUGAAAAUUCACUUAAUGCAUAAAAAUGCAUUCAUCCAACAUGAUGUGCACUACAUAAAAAUUUUGUUGCAGUCGCAGAGAAAAGUUGUGGCAACAGCUUUUCACUCACAAUGCAAUUACCCUACUGCACGAAUCGAGAUCCGUCCGCAAGGGGGGAGAAAUUGUCCUCGGGUUAUUUUAUAACUCUGCCCAUGGUCUUUGUAAUCUCAGUAAAGUUCAAAUCAGUGUUUGUCGCUUUCAAAGAAGAUAACCAAAUCCUCAAAUGCAUUCAACGUUGAAGAAAUUAUCGUGUACUGUGUUUUCGUUAGCACAGUGUAACAAGAUUUCAUGCUUUGGUUUAUGCCAUUUGGGGAAAGGGUUGACAGAAAUUUCGCAACAACAUCCAUUCAUAUAAGAUUUUUUUUUGCACAGGUCCAGAUGAUUAACUGUAAUUUUCUUAGUCCCGUACAAAGUAAUAUUGUUUCAUCUUCUUGGUUCUUUCGGUAAAGUCAUGUAGAAUGGAAAUAAUAAAAUAAAAAAAUUCUUAUUUUAUUUUUAUUAUUUUAUUAUUUCCAUUCUACGUGACUUUACCGAAAGAACCAAGAAGAUGAAUCCCUGCAUUCACGAAAGCUUUAAGUCGAAAUUUAAUAUUGUGUUUUUUUACAGGUCAGGUGUAGCAAAUUAGGUUAAGCAGAAGUCAGGAUUCUCGAGUUCCAGAGGUGGGAGGGUGAUCUGGAGAGAGUGGGGGUGACUGGCGUUCAAAAGAGGUGGAUGUGAGGAAGAGGAGAAAUCGAAGAGGUAUAGAGGAUGAGUGGAGUUAGGGUGGGGCAUACGUGUGUACAAGAGGGUGAGAGAGCGGGGAGAGCGUGAGAGCAGAGUGGCGCGAGGGCGAAGAGGAGGCAGAGAUCACAACAGGAGUUCGACACGGACGGGUUGCAGAGUUGGUGACGCGGCGGUUGAGGAAACACGUGCUGUACAAACUCUGCACUCGGGGCUGAAAAAAAAGGUGUAACGAACCUCGCAGUGAUGGGAAGCGUGCAUUUAGUUCUUUAUUUGUUCCUCCGAUUGUACAUACGUGAGUGUGUACAUAAAUUCCUGAAUAAAGGUGACGGCUGACAAAGAGUUUUA